UCAAGGCUCUUUUCCUCUUCCGCUUCCGGCUCUCUGGUAGUCCUGGUCAAAAUGGUGGCGGCGGCUGUAUCUGCGUCCCGCCUUUCUAGACUGCUGGGUCGGUCUCUCCCACAGGUGGGGCGGCCUAUGUCGAGUGGCGCCCACGGCGAAGAGGGCUCAGCUCGCAUGUGGAGGGCCCUUACUUACUUCGUGGCGCUCCCGGGGGUGGGAGUGAGCAUGCUGAAUGUUUUCCUCAAAUCGCACCACGGAGAGCACGAGAGACCCGAGUUCAUCGCCUAUCCCCAUCUCCGCAUCAGAACCAAGCCCUUCCCCUGGGGAGAUGGUAACCAUACUCUAUUCCAUAAUCCUCAUGUGAAUCCACUUCCAACUGGCUAUGAAGAUGAAUAGAGCAUCUGGACCAUUACUCAGGCACUGGGGACCACAGCACUGGUUUGGACCAUUACUCUGCAUGAAGACCAGAAAAGUAUAUGGGACCUUAAGUUCACCUUACAUUCAUCAAUUGAUGACCAUUAUACUGAUUUUCCAUCCUUUUGAGGCAGGAGAUGGCUUAAAUAAAUAACUUAAACUUAAA